CCCUCAGGGUAAGAGGCUGCGGGCUGGAAGGCUUCGGUGUAGCCUUCCUGCCUCACUCCGUCCUGAGGAGACCCUCCGCUGGGCGGUGCUGGCUAAAGGGGAGCCUGGGCCCCCGCCCUAUCCGCGAGCGAAAAGGCCCCUUCUCCGAAUUCCCUCAUGGAGGGAUUGACUACAGUGUCUGAAUCAUUGGAAAUGAAAGCCCCUUUCUCAAGGUGAAAGGAGUGUUGUGAACUUCUGAGGGCCUGAUCGUUAUUGGUGAACUGUUCAAUGUAAAAGACUUGACUCCAUAACCUACAUCUGCCCUAAUGUUGUCAUCUGGAGUAGAGACUCAGCCAGUUCCACUUGAUUCCUCCAUGUCUGCUGUGGUACAGGAAUUAUACUCUGAACUCCCAGUAAGUGUCUCCAAAGAGCUUCAUGCUGACUCUGAGCCAAGUGUAAUUCCAGGUGAUGUAAAACCUGGAGCCUCAAGUUCUCUUAUAAGUCAGAGUAGGGCAUUGCCCUUGGAGCUGCAGAGGACUCAUGCAGAAAGUUGUUGUGAAGAAACUUUGGAGACCGUGGAUCAUGGGGUUGAGCCUGGGCAGUGUGGGCUACUGGACCCCACAGCAGGAGGUUGUAUGGCUUUCGGGAUCUUGGAUAGGGAAAAGAAAACCAAGAGCAUGGAACUGAAGGUCUUCAGAGAUCAAGGGGACCAGGUGGAAGUUAUAAGAGACCCCUGUGAGGAAACAAAGGAAGACCCAUGUCAGCAUUCCACAGCUGCUGAAGAAAAGGUCUGCCCAAGUCAGGAGGAUCUCCUGACAUACUCCAGCCAAGAACUUUUAUGCGUGGACCUUCCCGAAGAUUUUCUAAGGAACAAAGGAAAUGUACAGAUUACAACUGAAACUCUGCUAAAAUCCAUGGAAGAAGUACAAGGUAUGAAGGUCAAUGGGACUAAGAUGGAUAAUAAUGAAGGACAAAAGAAUGGCAAUGUGAGUAAAGGUCUCUCACCUGGGUGCAGCGAAUGCCCAGAAGUAGACAAAUUCAUGACCAGUGGUGAGGUUUCAGAAACCAGCACGUUAGUUUCCCUAGAGCCUAUAACCUUUGUGGACCCUGGAUUAACAGAAGCAACUCCUAAAGAAAAAGAAUGUGAAGAAAUAAAAACUUAUCCUUCUUGGUUGUCAUUAUUACCAGGGAACAGUGCCAUUUCCAAAAUGGACAAUGGGAAGGAAGAGUUGUGUAAAUUAGACCUUGUCUGUGAAGCAGAUGACAAUCACCAACAGGUUCUUGGCCACCAUAAUGAAAAGCAUAGUUCUGCACAUAGUCCCACAGCAACAGGAAAUGUAGUUGCUGUAAAACCCUUGGAAGAAAAUUCUGAAGUUUCAUAUUUCACAUCAUGUUUGCCUGGUCCAGAAUCCAGAACAAUAUCCUUAGAAAAAUGUGGUUUUGAAGGUGAUGGCUUGCUGAAGGGAUCUGCUGAAAAGACAGACAAUUCCUAUUUUGAUGGGAAUGAUCAAAGCAAAAACUUGGCUUCUACAGAAGAAAAUGAAGACCAGCUUUUGAAUCCCAGCAAUGAAAGAGAGGAACUCUUUCUUAUUAAUGCCAGGCAAGCAGAAAUGGAUGCUAAUGGACAUUGUUCUGGUGAAAAAGAGACUGUUAAUUCCCCAAAAGAAAACAUCCACAAUAACCAUUGCAUUCAAGGCGGGAUCCGUACAGAGAGUUCUAGUUCUUUAAUGCCUGAUUCUUUUACUGAAGCCACAGAAGUAAUGUUUAAAAAGAAAGAUUUGAAAAUCACGUUAGGCAUUCAAGGUAACUUGACAAACCCUGAGGACCUUAGAGAAACUUUUACUAAUAUGAGCCAUUCAGAUGGACACUCUGAAGAAAGCAAUUGUUCCUCCUUGAUGCAGAUUGAAGAACCAGAGCAAAUAACCUCUAUAGAGCCCAAUAUGUUAGGUGAAAAGAUUUAUAGUAGAGACUCUAACUCCUUAGUCAGCAUCCAGAGAAAUCUGGAAGGCAAUACCCAGUUAAAUGAAGCAUCAUGUAAUGAUUUUUUGUUUGAAAGAAAAUCCCUUGUGAGUUUAAUGCCCAAGGAUCAGCUCAGUCCUGUAAAUGAGGUAUCAAAACCCAAGAAAGAUAAUGCUCAGUUACCACCAUCCCCAGAAUUCGAUUGCAGAACUGAGUCAGAAAAAGCUGUACAAAUCUUACAAGAUGAUAUUCUAUGUUUAGAUGAACAGAAUACUGCCUGUGAGAUGAAUGAACUUUCUUGUACCAAUGAACUGGUUGUAAACAAAGUAGGAAGUGAAUGUGUUUUAAAUCAAGUGUCCCUUAAUUCUCGAGACCAUGCAAAAUUGCCAACUGACUCCAUACUAAAUAUGAACAAAGAGAUAUCUUUAGCAACAAGUGAAAAUGCCCAACAGAGUCAUAACCCUCUGUUAGAGGAUGGAGCAGAUGUCAUUGCUGAUACCCAAACCAUUCCCAUUAAGGCAGAAAUGAAAGCCAUCUCUCCACCAGGUGACAAAACCUGUGGUGCCUCUUCAAGCAGUCCCACCUUAAACAUCAAACCAGGAAGCCUAAAAAGAAAAAAAGAAAUAGCUGAUUCAAGAAGAGAAGGUCUACAUUCCAGGCUUCUCUCAAGUAAGAAAGAAGCAGCUGGCUUUCCUCAAGAGGUCUCUGUAAUAGAAUGUCAAAAUGUUCAGUCUCAGGAUAUCUCUAACUGUCAUUGUGUAAGAAAAAAUGUACCUGAAGAGAAUAAGUGUUCCGCUUGUGUUGCUUUUGAGUCCAGCAAAAUCAUUUUGAAAGAUGAUAACUCUUUGAUAAUAGAAUGUGAAAAUGCAUUUCAGCACAGUGCUCACCACUCCCAAAGAACAGAAGACUCUGUGGAAAGUAGCACCCAUAAAGUGAAUUGUACAUCAGAGGAAAGUGGACUUGAUGGGAAAGAAACUAAAGGCAGCCUUCAAGGAGAUAUGGUCAGAAACGAAAUGACAGCAGGUGUGUUAAAUAGUGGAGCUUCAAACAAAACUAUUCACACAACCCGUCACAUCAAACCCAAUGAGGAAGGGCUAAAAGGAAAGGAACAGUAUAUACCCAGAGAGACUGUAUUUUGUAUGUAUAAUAUCUGUGAUUGUGCUAUACAAAAACUAAGCCAAUCUGCAAACAUUCCACGUCCUGAAAAGUUUUUGGACCAGUCUGUUACUGUUAUGUUCUCCACUUUUAAAAACAUGAACCGCGCAGUUGAAACUCUUGAUCAGAAGGCAGAUGAAGUCCUUGACUGCCAGAGUAACCAAAACAGACCAGUUGAAUGCAGAAAUGAAGAUAAACCAGCUAAGGAUACACUAGGUAAUGACCAGAGAGAGACCAUCACAGAGCCUAACAGAGAGGCAAGCCACAACCAAAAGGAUCUGCUCGUCAGUUCAGGCAGUAAUAAUCGACUGUCUUCUGGUAGCACAAAGAAAGACAAUUUGAAAGGAGCCUUGGAAAGUAUUUCUGAUUGUGAAGAAUCCACAGACAAUAUGGUAGACAUCAUUUACCCAGACUGUAGUAAUAAGCCUUUAGAAAGUGUGCUGAACAUGAAAGCAUCUAGUACACUUGAUAGGAGUGCAAGGCAAGAUAGACUGGUAUUCCAAGAAACCUCAAGGAGUACCUUGUCUCAGAAAGGAGAACCAGGUGCUGCAUUUAUAGGCACGACUGACCAGGCCUCAGAUUUCCCAGAUGCUGCUGCUUCUACAAUGGAAUCUCUUGAAAUAAAAAAAUCAUGUAGAGAGAAAGUAUGCAGAUCUUUAAAAGACUGUGAAAUGGAAGAGUGUCCAGACUCUUGUGGCCAUGAGAUGGAGUCUUUUGCAGAUCAUGAGCCAAAUAUAAGAAUAUUGGAUAGAGUAAAUGUGUCUUUAAAUUAUAUUUUUCAUGCACAGCGAGAUAAAGGAGCAUCUUUGAGAGAAACACAAAGAAUGACUGAAGGAUCAAGACUAGAAAUAAAUUCUGAGUUUGGCAAGGAAGAUACCUUUGUAAUUUCUUCAAAAGAUUUGAUGUCUUCUAGAUGCCAAGAUGAGAAUUCUGUUCUCAUAGGGACCCCAGAAUCCACUGGGAUAAUGCCUUUGUGUCUGUCUGCUCAAGAAAAUUCAGAAACUAAUAUUAAUAGUGAAGAAACUGACCUGAAAAAUAUUUUUAAGCCAAAAGAUGAUGACAUGCGUUGUGAGAAAGUAAAGGACUAUACAGUCCUGCCUGAGAUGAAGGAAGGAGUACCAAGGGAUAUGAAUAAUUCUAGUGGAAGAGAUGGCAUAUACAUCAGCGUGAAAAAGAAUGCUUGCAAAGCUUGUCACACUCAUGAGAAUUCCACUGAUAGACAUUUGCCUUUGACAAUGGAAACAGAAACUGAAGUGAAAGGAGGAGAAACUGAAGAACAUCAGAGGAGACCAUUGGGUCAUUUAACUGUUGGAGAGGAAUCUGAGAAGAUGAUUACCAGAGAAGAUGGUGAUGGUGAUAAUGUGAGCAAAAUUUCUCAGGCCCACUUUAACUUUGAGAGGAUGCUUGAUGAUGGUGAAAAACAACAAAGCCAGAAGGUUUUGAACUAUAUGAUGAAGAAGGAAGAGGAAUAUAUACAUCAACAAGAAGCACAUACAACAUUGGAACAAUGCACAUCAUCUAAUAUGUUGUUGUCAGGUGAGGCACAAAAUAAGAACCAACCUAAGCUUGACAAAGAUGAGUCCACCAUAAUGAAAGAAAUUAUCCUAGCAAAGCUGGCCAGAGGCAACAUAGCCACACAGUUUCAAAAGUUGAAAAACCCAAAGGAGGAAAGCUUAUGUCAUCCACUAAAGAAAGACAUUGAGUUUUGCACAGGUCCUUGCCUUCCUGGGGCCCCCUGGAAAGUGCAAGAUCCCAAUGCUGCUGGGUAUGAUCAAAUCUGUGGUGCCUUUGUGAACACUUCACGUCAGAAAGGAAUGCUUCCCUUGAAGCAGCAGCCCCAUCGAACAUGUAAGAAAGUUUCCUGUCAGGAACAAGUUAGUGUGGGGAGAAAAAUAAGUGAAAUCAGAAGUUCUGCCUUUUUAAAAAGUUCCUCUGAUCCCAUCCCCACAAAAGCACACAGACUUCUUAGUUCAUGUGCUGUGCCUGUACCCACUCGAUUGGAACCCGAAACAGUACCUACCAGGAGCUUGAUUAGCCACAUACCAAAGCAGAAGGCUGCUCCAUGCCAUCUCUUGAGGAGCCUAAAUUUUCGGAAGCCUACCAAAGAAUCAGCCUUAUUAAACAAGCUGUCCAUCCUUGCCUCCAAACUGGCCCCAGCCACAAAGAUACAGAAAUUCCGAUAUCGGCGGUGUUCCUCUGAACUUCUUCCAGUGGCUAACAGCUGUAAGCGCUUCAGAUAUAAAAGGCUCCUGGAUGGAUUUUCAUACAAUACAAUGCAGCUGAAUCCAUAUUUAGCAGCUAGUGGAUGGGAUAAGACGCCUAACAGUAAGCCCUUGGCACUUUAUUCUCUUGAAGCCAUCAAAAUGACCUGCAUAGAUCUGAACAACAAAACACCAUCACUGCUCUUUGGCUCUGAAAUCUUCCCAGUAUCCUUUCACGUGAAACCAGACUCAGAUUGCAUGACUGAGUCCUCAAAGACUUUUCCUGAGCACUGUGCUCCAGCAAGGCUUGCCUUAGGAGAAGCCCCCGAAUGCCCAUCUCGACCUCCCAAGUGGACCUUUUCUUUCUUCUUGUCCCACAGUUACCCUGGGAUGACCACAUUCAGGGAAGACUCUAGCCUCCAUAGUCAGGCACACACUCAGGCUCCUCCACAGCCUCCAGCUCCUCUCCAGGACUAUGGAAGCACUACCAUAGUCCAGACUAGAGCAGACUGCUCUGUCCUUGGCCUUCACACACUUCUAGCACUUUGUUCCCCAGGAUGUUACCGAAUCUGGACAAAAAAACGGAGCUUCUCCAGUCACAUGCCUACCAUGCAGAGGCUCUUCAUGGCCCAGUUUACACAGGGCUUGAAAGGAUUAAGGUCUCCAGCCUCCAUAGCAGACAAGGUCUUCUGUUCUCUGCCCUACUCGGUGGGCAGAGUGCUGUCCAUUUGGAGCCAGCAUGGGCCUUCUGCCGGCUCCUUUGAAAUUUCUGCUCUUCAUUCCACUCACAGCAAGCGGCAGCCAAGUCUGGGUACAACAAGCAGGUUAGAACCUCCAUUCCCUGCCUUGGUACCAAAGUCUUGCUUGGUAACAGAAUCAGCUGUCAGCAAGCUCCUGCUUUCAGCCUCUGAGUUCCAAGUCCCUGGAUUUGAUGAGCUGGAUGGUGUGACAGCAGCAUGUCCCCGACCACAGAGCAGCCCCCAGGAACAGAAAGAGGCUGAGCUGGAGAAGAGGCCAAAGAAAGUCUCACAGAUUCGUAUCCGAAAAACCAUUCCUAAGCCAGAUCCUAACCUUACCCCUAUGGGCCUUCCUCGACCCAAAAGGUUAAAGAAGAAGGAGUUUAGUUUAGAAGAAAUAUAUACCAACAAGAAUUAUAAGUCUCCUCCUGCAAAUAGGUGUUUAGAGACUAUCUUUGAGGAACCCAAGGAACGAAAUGGUACGCUAAUUUCAAUCAGCCAACAAAAGAGGAAGCGAGUUCUAGAAUUUCAGGAUUUUACAGUCCCACGAAAGAGGAGAGCUCGAGGUAAAGUCAAGGUGGCAGGCAGCUUUACCAGGGCCCAGAAGGCAGCUCUGCAGAGUCGAGAGUUGGAUGCUCUUUUGAUACAGAAACUAAUGGAACUGGAAACCUUCUUUGCCAAGGAAGAGGAACAGGAGCAAUCAUCAGGAUGUUGAGAAGCAAUUCAGUUUGGGGGUCUUAAUUUUAGAUUUUUUUUUUUGGACCUCCUUGGAAGAGGUUGCAUAAUUUUGCCCUACCACCCAAAUCACUCAAAAUGUACAGUCCGUGAAUUUUUACCUAUUUCAAAGUGCAACCUUUUUAGGAACUGGUAAAGGAGAGUCCUCUAAUUCUACUGCUUAGUAUAGAACCUCAGGAAUGCUCCCUUUCUCCUGGAAAUGCUCCUGAAUGACAUCUGGCCUCCUCCUCCUCAAUCUUUGCCAUCCACAGGAGGAAAAAGCAGCAUGUCUUAAGUAACACUAUGAUUCCAAGGAUUCACAGCUUUUGCACGUCCAUAUGAAAGUUCCACUUUGUUUACAGUGGUGCUAGACCAAGAUUAUCUAGAAACAUGGCCUAGGGAGGGGAAAUUGGCAUCCUGUCCUGUGUGGUCUCACUGGCUCAUUUCAGUAGUUGAGCAAAGAUGAGCUGUUGUGUUUUCUAAUCCUUUGAGUCUGUCUGCCCAGAACCUGUUGGUGUGAGGUUGUGUGUGUGAAUGCACGCGUGCGCGAGCUCACGUGGCUUUUUCCCUUCGUUUUCUCCCCUCUGUGACUGUGGGUCACUAGUGCCAGAGGAGCCCGUCCAGGCCCCGUUUGAAGUAAGUUGCACUUUUUAAUGUUGUGGUGUUAUUUUCAUUUGUUUUAUUUCCUUUUAUUAUUAUUAUUAUUAUUAUUGCUGCAUGUUUGGAGCCUUUAAAUGUGAUUUUAAAACAAUUUUUUGAAGACAUUAAGGAGAAAGACAAUACAUGUCUUAAGAAUACAUGAUAGGCAUUCGACCCAGUUGAUCAGUGCGUGGAAGAGACAUUUUCUCAUUCCUGUGUUUCAAGCAGUCCCUUCCCCAUCUCCAACUUCUAGUGUAGCUCAUUAGAGGGAACACUUUUUUCGUCUGGGUUCUCACUCUUGCCUACUAAUUACGUGUAUUUAGUGAUGUAAGAGCAGGUUUCUCUCCUGAUCAUGUAAAAAAUACCAAGGUUGGGUGUGGUCUC